AGAAUAAAUUUGGUAGUGAAAGUUCUGUAAUUUGUUCUUAUACGUCACCGAUUGGUAGCGAAAAAUCUAACCUAUCUUUGAAAUAAAAGAGAAAUGGAAAAGGGAGAAAACAUUUACCCCACAGACCGAAGUGUAAUUAUCGACAUGUGUUGACUGCGUUGGAUUCAAUUUGUCGAGGGAGUUUAUGAGUUUUUUAUCUUUGUAAGUGGGAGGGGCAAAGGGCUUGAGCACCGCGUCGCCGCCCAUAUUAAAUACUCGUAUGAUCACUUGGUUCAGUCACUAGAGUAGACCGUGGUCAUAUAACUUGCAGAGGCAAACAUCGUUGGCGCACAAGCCCUAGCAAUGAAGACCUUAACCCUUCUUCUAGUUUGCGGUGUUAUGGAAAUCUCGGCAAAAUCCGCUGCAAGAUAUUAUUGUCCCCCUCUCCCUUGUGGGGAGUCAAAUGUGUUCGUAGGGUAUUCCGAUUAUUAUUUUACCUCUCCAGGAUAUCCGAACCCUUACCCCGAAGGCACAGCGUGUUUAUGGCAACUGUAUUCUCCAUUUUAUACGGCCCUCCGACUACAGUGCUACUUUGACACCACGCCAUCCGACGGUUGCCUUCAGGAUACUUUCUUCUUCUCACCGUCAGGUGACUGCUGGAUGUAUGAUGGAGAUAAAUACUGCGGCUUUGGUUUCUUAGAUUUCACAACACAGUCCAAUUUUCUGUCUGUACGGUUUUAUUCUCAGGCUGCAAAUCUAGCUCAUCAAGGAUUUAUCUGUGUUGUACAUGCGGUUGAUCCGACUAGUGUGACAGAACUGUUAACAUCCGAUCCCAAUCCACCAACAGAGUCUGCCACUGGUACAAGUACUUUGGUAACCUCAGGAAUGAGUUCUGUAACUCAUUCAGAAGCAAUUUCUCCUGUAACUCCAUUUGUUUCGAAUCCAGACAUAAUUUCACAUACAAGUUCUCUAACUUCCCACGGCACAAGUCCUGCUGCAUCAUCUGAGAAAAAUCCUGGAGCAUCCGUUGAAACAACCAACCCUACAGCCUCUGAUGGAAGUACUUUUACGUUCUCCGACUCAAGUCGUCCGGCAACCUCGCCUGAGAUAAGCUCUCCACCAACCUCAGCGACAACAAGUAGUAACUCCAGCUGCCAGUGUGGUAUCAAGGGCAGGUCUAGGAUUGUUGGUGGGAAUGAAGCCGAAGCUCUUGAGUGGCCUUGGCAGGCUGGAAUAUACUAUCAUUCUGGUAGUCGGUCUCCUUUCUGUGGCGGUUCUUUGUUGAGUGAUGAAUGGGUAAUUACAGCUUCACAUUGUGUAGAUGGAAAGGAAGCCAGUCAGAUUUAUGUUAUUUUAGGUGAUCAUGACACAACUGUAACGGAGGCCACUGAACUGCAGUUCAAUAUUGAUGGAAUUAUCAUGCAUGAAAAUUAUGACUCAAGCACUGUUGAUAAUGAUAUUGCAUUACUUCGCCUACAAACGCCAGUAGGGAGCUUUGCUGAUGGAGGAAUCUUUCCCAUUUGCUUGCCAGCCAAUUACAUCUCCGAAGAUUUCAUUGGGGAAAAUGCCACAGUGACUGGCUGGGGAACUCUCCAAUAUCAGGGAGCUAAAAGUCAUGUCUUAAUGGAGGUCGAUGUGCCCAUUGUUGAAUGCCAAAACUACCCAGUUAUAGCAGAUGAUGUGACUAAUAACAUGAUCUGUGCUUAUGAACAAGGGAGAGAUUCCUGUCAGGGUGAUUCGGGGGGACCUCUCCAGUUGCAGUUGGAUGGGAAGUACUAUCUGAUAGGGCUAGUUUCCUUCGGGCAUGGAUGUGGCGACUUGGACUCUCCCGGUGUUUAUACUAAAGUUACUAAUUAUAUUAACUGGAUUGAGAGUAACACGGGAGUAAACUUUUGUUAUUGAAAAAAAAGAGAUUGUUUUAGAUUAUGUAAAAUGCAUAAGGGUAAGGGUAAUAUGUUUAAUCUUAAAUCAUAUUUGAUGCUAAAAGGCCUAGUUAAGCUGAGGUCCUCUUGUGUUUAGACAUUAAUCAGUUUUCCAUGCGUAGACGUGUAUUAAUGAAAGGAAUCUCACGUCACUAGAAAUUGUUUGAAUGUUGAAGAAAAAUUACAAUUACUUAAAAAAAAAAUAAGUUUCUCUAAUGAAUAAAUCCUAUUCCAAUGCUAAUAA